UAAUAUUUACGAUACUGCCACACACGGGAGACAAAAUCGAGAGGUGAAAAUGGAGUCUCGUGAGAUUUUGUAAGCUAGAGAGAUAAAUUCAAUGCGAGUCAAAAAUUCGUCCAACGAAUCUCGCGAUUAGGUUUCCUCAAUCUCGAUCGCCGCCUGAUUUCCCGAUUUGCCUUUUGCGGCGAGCUUGAUAUAUACACUUCUCUGGAUCGUCGGUGAUACGAAUCGGGACUGAUUCAAUCUCAGUACAGUCCUAGGCUGUUCGUCUUGUGGAUUGUCAUCUUACUUUGCUAGAACCUAUUCUUAAUCAGAUGGCUAACACACCACAGAGAUCGGUUAAUCACCCAGGCACACUCCCUCCUUUAGAACCAAAUAGACCAUCACCACAACCACUCUCUCACACUCCUCCAGUAGUUGCUUCACCUACACCUCCUAGGUAUCCUCAAGUACCACCAAGUUUCAGACCUGAUCUGAUGCAUUCACCAAACCUCUUGUCACCUUCGAAUGGUAUGAGUACCGGAAGCCCUAUUCCUCGUAUGAGUACUCCCCCUGGUCCUCCAGUCUUUAACACUCCGGUUAAACCAGCUGCUGUGCCUUUCCGUACCUCACCAGCUACUCCUCAGCCGACGGGAUACUCUUCAGCCACGGCUUCUUCUCUGCCGGUAUCUACACCUUCUUAUUACUCAAACGGGUCUUCUACCGGAUCUCAGCGUGAUCUUCCAGAUGUUGUUAGAAUGGAGGAACCUAUAGCUGCAGACUCUCCUUACGUUUUGUUUUCUGCAAAUAAGGUUUUAAGGCAGAAGAAGCUAGCGAAUGUUGCUAGUUUGGGGUUUGGAGCUAUAGUUUCUGCGGGGAGGGAGAUUAGUCCUGGUCCUCAGAUUAUCCAACGUGAUCCACAUCGCUGUCUUCACUGUGGAGCGUAUUCUAAUCCUUACACCUCCAUAUUAAUUGGUUCAGGGCAAUGGCAGUGCGUCAUCUGCGAGAAAAUGAAUGGGAGUAAAGGUGAAUACGUGGCUAUGAGCAAGGAUGAACUGCGUAACUUUCCAGAACUCUCGUUGUCUCUGGUUGAUUAUGUUCAGACUGGAAACAGGAGACCUGGGUUUGUUCCUGCCUCUGACUCUCGGACAUCUGCACCAGUCGUCCUUGUUAUCGAUGAGUGUUUAGAUGAACCACACCUUCAACAUUUGCAGAGCUCUUUGCAUGCAUUUGUAGACUCGCUUCCACAAACCACCAGGCUUGGGGUUGUAGUGUAUGGCCGUACUGUUUCGAUAUAUGAUUUCUCUGAAGAAUCCGUCGCUUCAGCUGAUGUUAUCUCUGGUGCUAAAUCACCAUCUGCAGAGUCGAUGAAAUCGCUGAUUUAUGGGACCGGUGUAUACUUAUCACCGAUGCAUGCAUCACUAAAGGUAGCACAUGAGAUAUUCUCCUCCUUGAGGCCAUACACAUUGAAUGUUCCCGAAGCGUCUAGAGACAGGUGCCUUGGAACUGCUGUUGAGGCUGCUCUGGCCAUAAUUCAAGGACCAUCUGCAGAAAUGUCUGGGGGAGUGGUCAGAAGAGCCGGAGGUAACAGUAGAAUCAUUGUUUGCGCUGGUGGACCCAUAACAUAUGGUCCCGGAUCAGUGCCCCAUUCGAUCAGUCAUCCAAAUUAUCCUUACAUGGAAAAGACAGCUAUAAAAUGGAUGGAGAAUCUGGGGCGUGAAGCUCACAGACACAACACGGUCGUGGACAUAUUGUGCGCUGGGACUUGCCCACUUAGAGUUCCUCGUGCCGGUCCAUAUCUCGGAGAAGUCUCCUCUCUAGCUUUCCUCAAUCUCCCGCAUCACGUUUCUCCCAUCCCUUAUCUUCUCGCCGGAUCUGGUUCGGAGAUUCUGCUUUACGAAUUGAGCUCUGGGGAGUUGAUUCGCUCGUUUCGAGUGUUUGAGGGAGUCCGCGUCCAUGGCACUGUUUGUAGCAGUACAUUUGUUCGUUCCGGUGAUAGAUAUGCUUAUAAGCUUGUUGUGUUCGGAGAGAAGAAAGUGAAGAUCUUUUCGUUGGUUGCUGAGUUAGAGUCAAGUUCUGGUGAUAUCUCUGUGGGUUUGGAAGUGCUUGAUUCUUUGCCGAGGCUUAGCAAUUGGGUCUUCGACGUUUGUUUCUUGAAGGACUCCUCUGAUUCGUUGGAGGAAGAAGAAGAUAAGCUUCUAGCUAUUGGAUGUAGUGAUAACUCUGUGUGUGUUUGGGAUGUUAAAGAAUCUCGUAUGGCUUUCGAGAUUCAGUCACCAGAAAGGUGUCUACUUUAUACUAUGCGAUUAUGGGGAAAUAGUAUUUCGACGCUCCGCAUCGCUUCUGGUACUAUUUUCAAUGAGAUUAUUGUUUGGAGGGCAGCUGGUCUUGAUGGUGACAACUUAGGCAACGGACAAUAUUGUGCUUCCCAUACGCUUAGACUCGCUGGUCAUGAGGGUUCAAUAUUUCGCAUUGUUUGGUCUUUGGAUGGAUCUAAACUAGUCUCUGUCUCUGAUGAUCGCAGUGCUAGGAUAUGGGAAAUUGACUCGCAGGAAGUCAUUGGCCCUGUGCUGUUUGGUCACAGUGUGAGGGUUUGGGACUGCUGCAUCUCAGAUUCUUUGAUUGUCACUGCUGGUGAGGAUUGUACAUGCCGUAUCUGGGGCAUGGAUGGUACGCAGCUGGAAGUGAUAAAGGAACAUACCGGAAGAGGCAUAUGGAGAUGUUUGUAUGAUCCUAACUCAUCUCUUCUUGUUACUGCUGGAUUUGACUCCGCAAUCAAAGUGCAUCAAUUGCAUAGUUGUGGGUCUGAAAUCUUGUUGGAUACUGUAGGAGUGCAUGAUUCUCAAGAUAAAGUGGAAUCUUUUUCAACCCGUCUUCCAAAUUCAGCGCAGCAUACUGGUCGCAUGGACAGCAAGAGUGAGUAUGUACGCUGUUUGCAGUUUACGCAGGAAGAUACCAUGUAUGUGGCCACAAACCAUGGUUGCUUAUACCAUGCAAGAUUAUUACCAUCUGGAGAUGUAAGGUGGACUGAGCUAGUUCGCAUACCUGAAGAAGGGCCUAUUAUUGCCAUGGAUGUUUUGCCUGGAGGAGAGGUACACGAGUCUUGUGCAUUAGAUGAUUGGGUUGCUCUUGGAGAUGGCAAAGGAAAUAUGACAAUUGUUCGAGUUAUUGGUGAUAUAGAUAACCCACUUGCGGGAUCAAAUCAAACUUGGAAGGCUAGCUCAGAGAGACAACUUCUGGGGACCUUCUGGUGCAAAUCAUUAGGAUAUAGGUUUGUUUGUUCUUGUAAUCCUAGAGGACUGUUGAAGCUGUGGAGACUAUCUGAUCCUCUAGCUUCUGCUGCUUCUAGCGCUUCUGAAACUGAUGGUAUCUCCCUCGUGGCCGAAUUCUCCUCUUGUUUUGGAAUGCGAAUAAUGUGUGUAGAUGCAUCAGCUGAAGAUGAGGUGCUUGUGUGUGGAGAUUUACGUGGCAAUAUUACUCUCUUUCCCCUUUCAAAGGAUAUGCUGGACGGAGUUUUUGUUUCCCCAGAAUUGACGAUACCUUCAUCUAACUAUUUCAAAGCUGCCCAUGGGAUUUCAACUGUUUCCAGUCUUUCAGUGGCCAGAUUAACUUCCAACAAAGCUGAGAUAUACUCGACUGGAGCCGACGGUUGCAUAUGCUAUUUUGAAUAUGAUAGAGAGAAGCAGGCUUUAGAGUUUAUGGGUUUGAAACAACUGAAAGAGUUGAACUUAGUUCAAUCUGUUUGCCAAGGGAUGCACUUUUCCAAAGACCAUCCGAACAAUGAAUAUGCCGCUGGAUUUUCAUCAACGGAUUUUAUGUUGUGGAACUUAACAACUGAAACAAAGGUUGCACAGAUCUCAUGCGGUGGAUGGCGUCGUCCCCACUCUUUUUAUCUCGGGGACAUCCCUGAGAUGCAAAACUGUUUUGCUUAUGUGAAGGAUGAUGUCAUUCAUAUUCAUAGACACUGGGUUGGAGGAGAAAAGACCAAAGUCUUUCCUCUGAAUUUGCAUACACAAUUUCAUGGAAGAGAAUUACAUUCCUUGUGUUUCAUCUCGGCGGAUACAAAAGCUGUACUUGAAUCUGAAGAACGUAAAAUAUCUGAUCGGUCUAGUUGGAUUGUAACAGGGUGUGAAGAUGGAUCUGUGAGAUUGACUAGGUAUGCAUCUGAGUUUGGAAAUUGGUCGGCAUCAGAGCUAUUAGGAGAACAUGUUGGAGGCUCAGCUGUGAGAUCAGUUUGCUGUGUAUCGGACAUGCACAUAAUUGCUGCAGACAUACCUAAAUUACCAGACACGCAUGGACAAGACUCUUCAGUGGAUGAUAGUGAAAUCCCUUGCUUACUGAUAUCUGUCGGAGCCAAGCGUGUUCUUACCUCUUGGCUCCUGAGGAAUGGUAGACAAAAGAAGAAGGGAGAAUCUUUAGUUAGUGAUAAUGGAGACAAUAGAGCUUCAUCGGAUGUCGCUUCAGUGACGUUCCAGUGGCUUGCUACUGACAUGCCCACCAAAAGUAAGAAGAUUGAGAAAUCUCCGAAACUGGAUGGUGUACAAGAAGAUACUAGCGUUAACGUCACAGAAUCAAGAUCCAAUUCGUACCAGGGGAGAGAAAACUAUGAAGAUGACUGGAGAUACAUGGCUUCCACUGCAUUUCUAGUAAAAUGUGUUGGUUCCAGGCUAACUAUCUGUUUUAUCGCUGUGGCUUGCUCUGAUGCCACCCUUACAUUACGAGCCCUGGUCUUGCCACAUAGAUUAUGGUUUGAUGUUGCGUCUUUGGUUCCUCUGACAUCUCCAGUUCUGUCACUACAACACGCCAUUGUGCCUCUGCAUCUCCCACAUGAAGGUAAUGAUAAUACAUCAUCUAGUGAUGUUUAUCUUCUCAUAAGUGGAGCCACAGAUGGAAGCAUAGCCUUUUGGGAUGUAACUAUAUGCGUAGAAGCUUUUGUGAAGCAAGUAUCGAGCCUCCAUAUUGAGAAGUUCAUUGAUUGUCAGAAACGACCACGAACUGGAAGAGGAAGCCAAGGUGGUAGGAAAUGGAAACUAUUAGGCGCGAAGAGAACACAAGGCAUUAGCAGUGAAGCUGCAGAAGAAGAUCCAGCCACGUCUUUGGAAGUCACGAACGGUGUUGUUCCUCAGGAAAACGGUAACAACGAAAGUGCAGAGUCUCUUCCUGAUACAAGCGAGAUAAAGCCUUCACAUGUCGUUAGGAAUGCUCAUCAAUCUGGCGUCAACUGCCUUCAUGUUUCCCGCUCAAGCAGCUCUCCAAGUUGCGGCAAUGGUUUGAUGUUCAAUGUGAUUAGCGGAGGUGAUGAUCAAGCCCUUCAUUGUCUUAGCUUCAACAUCCUUAGCAGUAGUAGUCCAGCCAGCAAAUCUGAAACCCCAGGUUACAGUAUCAGGCUCACAGACCGUGGAGGCGUUGCAUCAGCUCAUAGCUCUGCCAUAAAAGGUGUGUGGAUGGACGUGAAGUGGAUAUUCUCAACAGGUCUUGAUCAACGUGUGAGAUGUUGGUAUCUAGACAACGAUGGUAAACUGGUCGAGCACGCUCACAUAGUCAUCAGUGUACCAGAGCCAGAGGCGCUCGAUGCUAAAGCCAUUGAUGACUCACAUACCAAACAUGUGUGCAGACACAGAUACCAAAUCGCUGUGGCUGGACGUGGAAUCCAAAUGGUUGAAUUCUCCGGUUAACAGCUCGGUUUAGAAAGAACUCUGCUAAGAUUUGCUUACAAGUUGCAGCCAUAGAGGCUUCAAGAUGUCUGUCAAGCUACGUGUCAAAAGCUUGUAAUUUUGUGCCAAACCAGUUUUGACCAAUUUUGAUUGCUGGUUAAGAGUAAAACCGGAUUUUAAUUUUUGGUCUGAAGUUUGAUAAGAGAUGUGUUUUUGUCGGUCGGUGGGCUAUUAAAUUGUUGUAUUAUGGAUCUGAACCCAAUUUGAUAGAUACAUUUCAUUAUUGCUCAA